ACGCGAGCGGGAGGGGGGGGGGGCACGAGCAGUCAAACGGGCUGCCCUUUCCCUUUUGCCCACUAAUUUAGUCAGGGAAUUUAAGAAGAGAAAUGGACUUCAUCCCGCCACCCACUCUGCCAGCUGGUGGUAUCCCUUGGGAGAAGGUUUUACCACCUCUUAUUCCUCGGCUGAAUGGGACUUACGGGCAAUAUAGUUGGUCCCCGAAACUACUGAUGCCAGACACUGAUAAUAACAGCUCUGCAGAGGUGAACUGUGAUGACACCGGAUUUACAAUUCAAGUGGAUGUAAAGCACUUUAACCCAGAGGACCUAAUGGUCAAAGUGAUAGCGGACUUUGUGGAAGUUCAAGGAAAGCACGAAGAAGGAAAGAAGGAUGGUCCUGGGUUUACAACACGGCAGUUUAACCGUCGCUACCGAAUCCCAAAGGGAGUGGACACCAUGGCUUUGGAGUCUGCGGUCUCUCCAGAUGGCAUCCUUAUCAUAUCUGCACCUAUGCUGCAAACUGAGAAUUCCAGAUCCCUGACUUAGUCCCAUUAAUACCGCACACUCAAAUCACUCUACCAUUUUCACCGUGUAUGACAACAAAUGCAACACAAGCCAGAACACACAGGCACAAACAGAAAUAACUUCAGGCUCCUCCAGUCACAGCAACACUCAGCAUGUGCCAAAAAACAGAUUUGUUCUGUUCCUGGCAAUGUUCUAAUAUUCCCUGCUCUCUGAGGUUUGUAUAUACUGCACUGUUAUUACUCAUUAAUCGUAUAUACUGUUUCAAGAAACCAGUCUUUGUAAAUAUUCUGUGUUCACAUAUCAAACUGCUGCUUCUUUUUGUGCAACUUUUGUAAAAUGCACUGUAUUGUGAUUGUGAUUAAUGAUGCACACAGACAUAUCUCCAAACUCUUUAAUGUGGAAAUAUUUCUUCAAAAAA